GGGAGGAUUUCGGAAAAUUCACAGGAUCCGAGUUAUUCCCUUGUAACUUUAAGGAAAAUGGAUAUCUUUUAAUGAAAUUGUAUAAUAUAAUAUACACACACACGUACCUUUCAAACGGCAUGCAUUACGGAUACCUUGUGUCGCAAACCCCGUAUUUUUGUUCGGAAAAAGGGUGGAGGAAGAAACCGGAUUUAUUGGAAAUGUUCUUUUUUUUCUUUUUUGUUUUGCGAUGAAUGAAUUACAGUGACCUAAUAUGCCACAAUAUUUUUUUAGAACUUUUUCUAACAUAAUUGUAAUCUACACCAUACCAUCUGAAAUGUAUGUCUGAAAAUUUUGAUUAUUGUAUUUCACAGAAAGUUAAGUGGAAACAAAGCCGAUGGGGUGCAACACUUCUGUAGUUCAUACUACUACUACAUUGUUUUUGAAAAUUCAAGGUUUUACAUUUUUUUUAAACGAUAAUAGUAAUUUCACGAGAACUCUGGGUACGAAUGAUGGAUGCAAGAUGCUGAAAACGAGAAUAUUAUACAUAAACUGAAGAUCGAAGUAAUGAGAGUAAUAAGAACGAAAUAGUUGAAAAUACUGUAAACGACAUUUACUCUUCAGUCAGUUAUUUUGUAUAACGGAAAAUAAAGUUGGUCUGGUAAGCCCACAUCCUAGCUCUAACAUGAUCAACAACAAUCCUUUAAUAAAAGAAGUACAUGAAGACAACAUGAAAAUAAUAGUGGUCAUAAAGUACGAGAUCGGUUGAUGACCAGAGAAAAAGGAAGUUGUGUUUCUUGCUAUACACUUUAUGGAUUUUCUCUGAGUGAGACACUUUUCUCACCACUUCCCUUCCCUAGAAACAGGAAGAAAAGUGGUAUAAUUAUAACCAAAAAUAACAGUAAGAGGAAAUGUAAAAACCUGAAAGUAAACAAGCCGGGCUUGAUACAGACAUUGAAGUAACUCAUGCCUCAUAGUUCCUUCCAGUCUUUAUCUCAAAUUCUGUAUAAGUCUUAAUAAUUAAAAUAUAAUAAUUUCUCAUAAAAUUAUUUUAUCAGAAAUAACUUCAAGUAAACAGACUGAGAGGACUUAACAACGGGAUGAAUAUGCUGAAUAUGCUUUGCUUUUACUGAAGAGCGCUAAAAUAACCCAUCUUCUCUCUCUCCCUGAAAGAAGAGUUAUUAUUAAACAGUGACGAUUUCUUGUUCGAAAUAAAUUUAAAAUGAUUAAUUUUCCGUCUGCACUUACUGACGAAGAAGAGUUUCUGAAACAAAAAUAUGCAAAACUUCGAAAGAAGAAAAAAGCUUUGCAGGCCAUGAGGAUUGCCAAACCAGAAAGCCAAACUGUUAACACUCCACCUGUAAAACGACCUUCAGAAUCUUCUGCUGAUGCCUUGGAACAUGCUAAAAGACUUUUAAAAUCUGGUGCAAUUAAGUUAAACAAUGAAAACAAAGACAAACAAAGUUUUAAACGUUCAAAAAACUUUGAAAAAAAGCUCAAGGAUCCUGACAAAACACCAAGUACUGUUGGCUUUCAACCAUUUUCUGCUACACAUCCUGAUAGUCAAGAGAAAGAAGAAGAAAAAGAAGUUGUAAAACCUCGACGAAAAGGACUUUCUGAAAGUUUUGUAAUGGAAGGUGGCAUGAGAGACACAAGGUAUGAUCGUGAUAGAGAAGAACGAUCGGAUAACCCAAGGAAAGGUAACACAAUAUAUGUUUAUGGUCACAAAGUUACAGAAGAAUUGCUGCGGAAGGCAUUUGAAAAUAUUGGUCCUAUUGUAAAUGUAACGAUGGAACUAGAAAGAAAUUGUGGUUUUGUUACUUUUGAAAAAGUUGAAUUUGCUGAGCAAGCUAUUGCUAUGGUAAAUGGCUGUAUGAUAUCCGAUGUUCAGUUAAAAGUAUCUAUGGCAAGGCGACAACCUUCUUUUAAUCAACCUCAGGAGCAAGCUUCAUCACAAUCACCAUCAUGGGGAACAAUAGCUGCAAGUUCCACAGUGUCACUAGCCAACUAUAAAGAAAAAAGAGGACUUGUUUCCUAUGAAGAUCUCUUCUAAAUUGAAAAAUAAAUGAAAUGUUAUUUUGAGAAAAUAAAUUUAUAGAUAUGCUGAAUCAGCAAUUAAGAAAGAAACCACAUAAAAAUUAUUGUAAAUAAAUUUAUAACAAAAUA